AUGUCUUUGACAGAUCUACCAUAUGCUGCUGAUGCAGAAAUACCUUUAACUAGCGACGAAUUGAGUGUGCUUCGUAGACAAUUUGAAAGGGAAGGGGACGACGUUACAACACAGACAAAAUUUAAUUAUGCGUGGGGUCUGAUCAAAAGCAAAAGGAAAAAUGAACAACAAUUAGGAGUUAGAUUACUUGCAGAAAUAUUUAAGGAAUCGCCCGAACGUCGUCGCGAGUGUCUUUAUUAUCUUGCCUUGGGCCAUUUCAAAUUAGGAGAAUACACACAUGCUGGGGAUUAUAAUAGUCAAUUACUUCAAAGGGAGCCCAAUAAUCUACAAGCUCAGAGUUUAGAAAAACUCAUAGAAGAUAAACUUAAACAAGAGGGAUUGGUUGGUGCUGUGAUUAUGUCAGUAGUCGUUGGAGCUGUUGCAGUUGGCGGUUUAUUCAUCACAUCAUUAUUCAAGAGAAAAUAA